AUGUCUGCUGAUGCUUCACUCGCUCAUUCGGAGAGGACUCCUUUGCUGAGGAACGAGGCGGCAAUCGAGAAUGGUAGCGGCGAUGCUGGCACUCAAGACUCAAACCGCCCUGAUGACUCGGACGUCCCAUUGGCAGAUGAACUUACAACGAAACAGUUGCUCAUGGUAUUAUCCAGCGUCUGGGUUGGGUCGUUCUUCGCUGCACUAGAUGGCACCAUCGUCGGCACAAUUGCCGCCCCUAUAUCUUCAUCGUUCAAUUCGCUCUCCCUUCUGUCGUGGCUCGCAACCGCCUAUCUCGCAGCGAACGCAGCAUGCCAGCCGCUUAGCGGAAAAUUAACCGACAUAUUCUCCCGGCGCACGGGACUAAUAGUCUCGAACAUACUCUUUGGCGUCGGGAACCUCAUCUGCGGCCUUGCAAAGGAUGAAUGGGUGAUGAUAUUUGGGCGCACAGUGGCUGGAAUGGGCGGCGGCGGUAUCACGGCUAUCUCCACCUUUAUCAGCUCCGACCUUGUACCGCUGCGGAAACGGGGAGUGUGGCAGGGUAUUGGGAAUCUCUGCUAUGGUCUAGGGAGUGCCUUGGGAGGUGUUUUUGGAGGCUGGAUGAACGAUAACUGGGGUUGGCGCUGGGCAUUUCUUAUCCAGGUACCCUGUAUAGCGCUCGCCACAAUCCUGGCUGUGUGGAACGUCAACAUUCCCGUGAAAGUGUCGGAUAAAUCACGGCUAAAGCGAAUUGAUUUUCUCGGUGCAGGGACGCUCGUUACCGCCCUUGUUCUGCUACUUGUGGCAUUGAACUGUGGAGGCAACCAAGUCCCCUGGAAUCAUCCAUUGAUUUGGACUACACUCCCGUUAUCUGGGGUGUUUCUCGUUUUGUUUAUCUACGUGGAAGAGAAGGUUGCUACUGAGCCGGUUAUACCUGUUCGGCUCCUUCUAGACCCCACGGUUCUUUCAGCCUGUCUAACCAAUUGGUUCUCCACCAUGGCAGUCUUUGCUGUCCUGUUUUAUGCACCCUUUUACUUCCAGGUCCAAGGAUAUUCUGCCACGAUGGCCGGACUAAGGUUGGCUCCACAGGCUGUAGGCACAGCUAUGGGAUCCCUGGGUUCGGGGAUUCUAAUGCGUGUCACUGGUCGUUAUCUCUACUUCAACUAUGCUGCCACUGGCCUUAUUGUUCUAUCUUCCGCUUUGAUGACCACCUACACCCUCACAACACCUCCAUGGCAACCCUUUGUUCACAUCUUCAUCUUUGGUCUAGGUUAUGGCAGCAUGCUUACGGUGACGCUGGUUGCGCUGAUCGCUGCCGUUGAACACAAGCACCAGGCGGUGGUCACAUCGGCCUCGUAUGCUUUCCGGAGUACGGGGAGCUCGAUAGGUGUCACUACUGCCUCUGCCGUUUUUCAGAACUUGCUCAGAUCUGGCCUGUGGUCAAGGUUCGGUGACCGGGAAGACGCAGCGAAGAUAAUUAAGAAGGUCCGCGACAGUCUUGAUGCGAUCGAUAAAAUACCAGCAGACUGGCGUCCCGGUGUGCUGGAUGCAUAUAUGGAUGCCCUAAAGGGUGUGUUUGGGGCAAUGCUGGGACUAGCAGUGCUGGGUGUUCUGGCUUGCGUUUUCAUGAAGGAGCACAAACUACAUAUGAACCUUGCGAGGAAAUAA